UCGGCAUGUCGGAGCUGCAGUUUCUGGAGCUGCCCCACGGAGCGGUCCUGCCGUUGACAAAAGCCAAUCCUGGUUUGUGGUACUGGAGAGAAGAGACUAGAACUCUUGAAUUUUCAAGUGCCCAGCCAAAGGAGGAACCCAAGGAACUUAAGGAGAGGACGAAGAAAGGCAAAACCAUCCACUUUCAGGAACCUGGAUCAAAAACACUGGAGAGGCCUAGCUUAUUUCGAGAUAUUCUUACUGUACGAUCCUCUAGCCGAGAAGACAAAACACCUCGCAUGGUGAAGAAAGCGCCGAGUGAAUUGAUUACUCUAGAAGAUGUUAAGUAUGCAGCUUUGUUUCUGGCCCAUGAAGACGAUUCCUUUCACGUCCCUUCUUUUUCCAUAGUUAUGAGAUGCAAGCAGCUGGAUGAUUUCCUCAUGGCUCUGCUGUACUAUAUCUCUUUUUAUUUGGAAAAAAUAGCCCUGGAGAUGAAACCCAAAUCUUUUAUGGGAAAGCCCAGCGUACUGGAAAAGAAAGAAAUGCAGGAGAACCAGAUUAAGCUUGCGGUGACAAAAAAGUACCUUGCUGAGAUGUACUGCAUCCUUAUCCUUGGACUGGGAAUGUCGGAGCAGCAUCACAUGGCUUGUGGAAAGAAGAAAAUAUCAACCACACAGAAAGACAGGGACUUCUUUGAGUGCCUGUACAACUUUGCCUCCUAUGUGGCUUUCGUGACCUUCAAACAGAAAAACCUCAAGGAAAUCCAGCGUGAGGUGGGCAGAAUGCUCCGCUCAAACAUUUUCAAUCCAGCUCUGAGAGAGAAGACCAAGCCCACGGAGGAGAUGAAGACAGAUGUUACCAAGGAGGUGAAGAAAGUCACCUUCUCGUAUCGCAAGAGCACAGAGGCUAGGCAGCCUGCCAUACGAAGCGUCAUGGACCAGCGGUCGCCAGUACUUAGUACUUUGCUGCCUAUGGCUAAAGACAGUGCCCAGUACCUUUUCCAGGAUCAUUACCUUCGUCCUGGCAAAAUGGCUCAAAGCUACAGUCCAGAGGAACUGCCGGAACUGUCCUCAGUUGUGACACUAUCGAAGAUUGGCAUCAUUGGAGCUCCGCGCAACAGGUUUAUUCCUCACACGCUCAUGCCCAUCAGGACGGAGGAGGAGGAGGAGGAGGAGGAAAAAAGUCAAAGGACGAGGGCAAGUGCCACGUCGAUCCUUUCCGAGGAACUGACCAGCAGCCGGGGUGUUCAGAGCGGUGGAAGCCACCUGUCUCUGUCAAGGGCCACCACUGAAGGAGACUAUGCUGAGAUGGCCCAGUAGUGCAUGGCAGCGUUUGGGAUAAGUUUCAUGUGUGGCAAAUAAAUUUCUUUGAAGCUUU